AGAGCCGUGGCCUCCCCGUUUGCUCCCGCCGCCAAGCCCCUCCGUGCAGCUGCUGCUGGGGAGGGGGCUCCGUGGGCCCUGGCGACAUGUACGGCUUCGUGAAUCACGCCCUGGAGCUGUUAGUCAUUCGCAAUUACGGGCCCGAGGUCUGGGAAGACAUCAAAAAAGAAGCCCAGUUAGAUGAAGAAGGGCAAUUUCUGGUCAGAAUAAUCUACGAUGAUUCCAAAACAUAUGAUCUGGUUGCUGCUGCAAGCAAAGUUCUUAAUCUUAAUGCUGGAGAAAUCCUCCAAAUGUUUGGAAAAAUGUUUUUCGUGUUUUGUCAAGAAUCUGGUUAUGACACAAUCCUCCGUGUCCUGGGCUCCAAUGUCGAGAAUUUUUGCAGCAUUCACUUUUGUGAGACUCCCUGCUUGAAAUGUGUGAACUGUGAAAAUGAUGCUUUGUUUACAAUUGGUAUUUCUGAGCUGGCUGCAAACAGCCAGAUCUUGCUAGAAAGUGAUGUCAGUGUGACACCAACUGAACUGAAGCCCAGUCAACUCCUACAUCAAAUUACCACAGAAAAGGAAGAGCUCAUGAUUUAUAAUGUGAAUUUAAGAGACUGUGAAACGAAAGAGAUUAUGAUGAACCUGGACGCUCUGCAUGACCACCUGGCUACCAUCUAUCCAGGUAUGAGGGCACCUUCCUUUAGGUGCACCGAUGCUGAAAAGGGCAAAGGACUCAUCCUGCAUUACUACUCUGAGAGAGAAGGACUCCAAGAUAUUGUCAUUGGGAUCAUCAAAACGGUGGCUCAACAGAUCCAUGGCACAGAAAUUGACAUGAAGGUCAUUCAACAGAGGAAUGAAGAGUGCGACCAUACCCAAUUUUUGAUUGAAGAAAAGGAGUCUAAGGAGGAAGACUUUUAUGAAGACCUUGACAGAUUUGAAGAAAACGGUACCCAAGAGUCACGCAUCAGUCCUUACACUUUCUGCAAAGCUUUCCCUUUUCAUAUAAUAUUCGACAGGGAUCUGGUGGUCACUCAAUGUGGCAAUGCCAUUUACAGAGUUCUCCCUCAGCUUCAGCCCGGGAAUUGCAGCCUUUUGUCCGUUUUCUCUCUCGUGCGACCUCAUAUAGAUGUUAGCUUCCAUGGGAUCCUUUCACACAUCAACACGGUUUUUGUGCUCAGAAGCAAGGAAGGAUUGUUGGAUGUGGAGAAGCUAGAAUGCGAAGAUGAAUUGACUGGGACUGAGAUCAGCUGCUUGCGUCUAAAAGGUCAAAUGAUCUAUUUACCUGAAGCUGAUAGCAUUCUUUUCCUGUGUUCUCCAAGUGUGAUGAAUCUGGACGAUCUGACAAGGAGAGGUCUGUACUUGAGUGACAUCCCAUUGCAUGAUGCCACGCGAGAUCUUGUCCUUUUGGGAGAGCAGUUCCGAGAAGAGUACAAGCUGACUCAAGAACUGGAAAUCCUGACAGACAGACUGCAACUUACUCUGAGAGCUCUGGAAGAUGAAAAGAAAAAGACAGAUACGCUGCUGUAUUCUGUCCUGCCACCUUCUGUCGCGAAUGAGCUGAGACAUAAGCGCCCUGUGCCUGCCAAGCGGUAUGACAACGUGACCAUCCUCUUCAGUGGCAUUGUUGGGUUCAACGCCUUCUGUAGCAAGCAUGCAUCUGGGGAGGGGGCCAUGAAGAUUGUGAAUCUUCUAAAUGACCUUUACACCAGAUUUGAUAUUCUGACCGAUUCCCGGAGAAAUCCAUUCGUUUAUAAGGUGGAGACUGUCGGGGACAAAUAUAUGACAGUGAGUGGUCUGCCAGAGCCAUGCAUCCACCACGCCCGAUCCAUUUGUCACCUGGCGCUGGACAUGAUGGAAAUUGCUGGCCAGGUUCAGGUAGAUGGAGAGUCUGUUCAGAUAACAAUAGGAAUUCAUACGGGAGAGGUAGUGACGGGGGUCAUAGGCCAGAGGAUGCCUCGAUACUGUCUCUUUGGAAACACCGUUAAUCUCACAAGCAGAACAGAAACCACUGGAGAGAAAGGGAAAAUCAAUGUGUCUGAAUAUACCUACAGAUGUCUCAUGACAUCAGACAAUUCAGACCAGCAGUUCCAUCUGGAGCACAGAGGACCGGUGUCCAUGAAGGGUAAAAAAGAACCAAUGAAAGUUUGGUUUCUGUCCAGAAAAAGUACGGAGACUGAGGAUGUCAAGCAAGAAGUAUUCUGAAGUGUGGGGCCCUGGAAGAUGAUGACAAUCUGGGGGUAUUCCUGUUCCCUGUCACCUGCCCAGCCCAACGGCAGUGAUAAAAUGGGGCUCUGUGUGCUUUGCUUUGCUUCUUUACUUCUCCCCUCCCUUAUUCCCAAGGUAUAUUUUCAUCAUAGGCCUUCAGCUUCCCUCUUGCUCAUCUUUCUCCUCUGCUUUUGAGAUUGUUGUGUUCAUGGCAUGGGCAUGUUUUCUUAUUUCCCUCUUGUGGGAUGAUGUGAACCUUCUUGUAUCCUGAGCCUUAUAAACUACUGAAGAGCAUUUGGCAGUGUGGAUGCCUACCGUGUGUUAGCCUUUCAGUUUGUCGCUUCAUGCAUCUAUUUUUCAGUGACUCUGAGUCGCGUUUAAUGAGCAUUUGCCUUGGAGUGGUGCCAGUGCGUGCAUUAAUGUAGAAAUCAUCUGUGAGCAUAUGGGUUUCAACUGAGAGGAAAAAAAAGGAAUGUGUCAUUCAGCAUCAAGACACUUUUAGUUGCCUGAUUAGAUCUGUGGAACCUAUUUUAUUCACAUAACUUUCCUUUCUCAGAUAUGUCUUUGGGGGGCAUUAUACCAGAAGAAGGUUUGAUAGGCUCUGCCAAGCACUGUGGCUAUUUAUAAUAAUUAUAAUAAUAAAAAUUGUGGUAUUUAAG